AUGGCUACGACCACAAUCCUCCGGACCCUGACGGACCCAACAACCACAAUCACGGUCCCAGGCGGGCCUAGUUUCCAGCGGAUAGAAGCACAAAAGACGGCGCUGCCAGCAGCUACACUGACAAGUCCAACCUUGCCAAGCAACAGCAACAGCAACAGCAAGAUAGACAUCCAUGUCCCAUACCCACCGUUAGAGCACCACGACGAAACUUCCUCCCAGCAAACUCUUCAAAGUCGGGCAAAUCAAGCCGCAGAGGUGGAAGCCAGUCAUGAAGAAGUGGAGGAGGAGGACCCUGAAGAACUAGACCUAUCGACCUACCCUCCUCCUGAAGCAGUCCUUACCCCACUUCCCGAUUCAACACCAGAGACCAUCAGGGACAUAGUUGAAUCUGCCCUGGAGAAUGUUACACAGCAAAUACGGCUCGAAAAGCAGAGGGCAGAGGAGGAAGCGCGGCUCCGAGCCGAGAUAGAAUGGAAUCGGGAGAGAGAGCGGGAGGCUGAUGCCCUGAGACAGGCGGAAGCGGAGGCAGAGGCACGGGACGCAAAGGGGAAAGGGGUCAGCAGGGCUAGUACAGAGAAUCACCCUUCAACAAUACCCAAUAUCAAAGUCACUCCUAUCGAAUCCGGACAUGGCGGAGGGCCUACGAUCAAAUUCCCCUCAGGAGGACGCUCCCGGUUCGGGCUGCGACGCAUGUUUCACAGGAAGGGGGAGUCGAAGGGCGAGACCAGCAUGGCCGCGGCAUCAAGGGACCAAAGCGCAUCAUCAAGGGCGGCACAAAAGGAUGAAGAAGCGCCCAGUGUUUUCACACAGUUCAUCUACAAGCAUAUCCAUCCGAAGCUGGGAAUCUCCACUUCAGACUCCGGAUCAGACGAGUUGACGUGCGUCUCCUGCUUCGAGGACCUCACACCCAAAGAGGGCGUCAAGACCGUCUGUCACACAUACUGCAAGGACUGCUUUCAGAUGCUCAUCCAGACGGCCAUCGAGAACCAGGCGCAAUGGCCGCCCAAAUGCUGCCUCAACCCGGUACCCUACCGGACCAUCACCAAGCACGUCAACCGCGACCUUUUGAGGCGGUACAGAGACACGUACGAGGAAAUGUCCAUCCCGGCCGAGAACCGCAUUUACUGCAGCUCCCCCGACUGCGGCGAAUGGAUCCGCAGCGUCAACCGCGACAGGCAGACGGCCGUGUGCAAAAAGGGGCACGCCAUGUGCGUCAUGUGCCGGCAGCCGCCGCAUGAGACGGACGGCGGCGAGUGCCCCCGGGACACGGGCCGGCAACUGGUGGAGCGUCUCGCCGAGGAGGAGGGUUGGCGCCGUUGCAUCGACUGCGGCAUCCUGGUCGAGCACCGCGAGGCCUGCCAGCACAUGACAUGCCGGUGCGGCGCCGAGUUCUGCUACGUGUGCGGCGCCCGCUGGCGCAGUUGCCACUGCUCCAUGGACGAGCUCGCAGACAUCAAGCGCCGUGCCGCCGAGCGUCGCGCCGCCCGCCAGGCCACCAAGGUCUCAGAGGAUGAAUGGCUGCAGAACGCCCUGCGGCUGAUUGAGGAGUACGAGCGCGAAGAGGAGCGCAAGGCGGAGGAGGCCAGGGCGGCGGCCGUCGCGCGCCGCGAGGAGAGACGCCGUCGGCGGGCCGCGGAGCGCGCUCGUCGCGAGGAGGCCCGGCUCGUCGAGCUCGAGGCCAAGUACGAUGGCCUGCUGGACGUGCUGGUGGAGAUUGAGAACACGCAGCGGGCGGUCCUGCUGAGCGCGCACGAAAAGGACCUGCGGCGUUGCCAGAGCCGAAACGACGGGGAGCGAAACAGCCUCGCAUCGCAACAGGACCACGAGCGUGCGCAGCUGCGGGUGUCGACGGUGGAGCAGAUCCGGCGCUGCGAGGAGGACCUGCAACGCGAAUACCGCGCCCGCCUGGCCUGGGAGAAGCAGCUCGAGGCCGACUACCGGCAAGCUCUGAACGCCGCCUGCGACAACAAGGCUGGCGGUGAGCAGGUUGCCCGCGAGGCGAUGCGCGCGUACAUGGCCAAGAACGACGAGCGCAUGCGCAUGUGGUGCAGGUGGCGCGACAACGAGCUACAGAGGAUGCGCUACGCGGUCGAGGAGGAGCUGGCCGUCCGGGAGGAGCUGAUGGAGACCAUGCGGCAGCGCCAGGGCGAGAGGCUGGCGGCGCGCGAGAGGGAGCUGAAGAGGACCCACACGGCAGAGGACAAGUGGUUUGAGCUGGUGGUUGCGGAGCGAAAGCGGCUGCUGGCUGAGCUCGAGCUGGUCGAGAGGGAGAAUGGCGGCGACAAUGAGGAGGAAAGCGUGGCGAGUGGGACUGACGAUGAUGAGAUUGAGAACAACCGUCUCGCUGAAGAUGACGAGGGUGACGGAUCAGCGCACUUGGACGCCCCUGGGAGCUGGCCGCUGUCUUGA